AGUCUGCUGCAAAACCAAAUCUGCGCAAAAAAUCACACACUUUGCCAAGCAGGACCAAAAGGUAACAGAGGAAGACGAGGAAGACCAGGAAACCGAGGGAAGCGGGGUCCUCCCGGAAGAACUGGCCCAGAAGGGCCACCUGGUAAAUAUGGACCUAUAGGACCGCCGGGGCCGAUAGGAGUAAAGGGAGAUGUCGGAUUACCGGGGAGCCCUGAUCCCUUGGGACCGCGAGGGCCACCGGGAGAGAAAGGAGCCGCAGGUAAGCCCGGUGAGUCCCUCUCAGCACCAUCUCUGAUUGAGAGACCCUUAGGAAUGACAGUCAAUGAAAGUCAGACAGAGUUGAAGUGUACAGUGAAUGGUAACCCAAGGCCAAAAGUCAAGUGGUCUAAGGUGACAUCAUCGCUUCCUGUUGGACGUCACAUGGUAGAGUCCAGUGGUACGCUGAUUCUAAAAGACGUUAGACCUGAGGACGACGGAGUCUACAGCUGCAGCGCAGAGAGUUUGCUGGGACAAGUCAACACCUCAUUAAAAUUAACUGUUCAGUUCGUCCCUAAACUUAGGUUAUCAUCAAGCCGAUUAAUGACUGAAGAAAAACAAAACGUCACUAUUGCCUGCAAUGCUGUCGGUCAGCCGCGGCCAAGCAUCACGUGGUCUAAGUCAGUGGGUGGUUUGCCAAAAGAUAGGACUGAAGUGAAGAAUGGAACGUUGAAAAUCUAUAGUUUGGCGAGAAAGGACAGUGGAAUAUUCAUCUGUAAGGCAGAGAAUACUUUGGGAUCAGCGACAGACACUGCUCAUCUCAUGGUACUUACUCCUCUGAAGUUCAAAGUACGUCCUCCUCAGGAGGUGACUCCGUAUGGCUCUCUUUAUUUGCCAUGUGCGGCCGAGAGUGAGCUGAGAGCUAUAAUCACCUGGACAAAGGAUGGCAUGUCUUCUCUUCCUGUGGGGUCUAAUGUUCUACAAAAUGGAACACUGGUUAUAAACAACAUCAGGAAAUCACACCAAGGAAAUUACACCUGCAGAGCGACUAAUGCUUUGACAACAAUAGAAGCCAAAGUCAAAAUCAAUAGUCCUCCUAUUCUUACGUCUUGUUCUGUGAUAAGAAAAUACGUCAGUAGCGCAAACGGAAAUUACGUCAUUGAUCCAGAUGGCGAAGGGGGACUGGCACCUUUCACGGUAUACUGUGACAUGAGUGACAAGAAUGGAAUUGGCGUGACUGUCAUUGGUCAUGACAGUGAAAGUAGAACACAUGUGAAAGGAUGCGAGCCUAAAGGCUGUUAUUCACGAGACAUUCAUUACGCCGGAGCGAGUUUGUCUCAGCUGGCGAGUCUCACCAGUGUCUCCUCACAGUGUGAACAGUUUAUCAAGUAUGAGUGCCUUGAUUCAGUGCUACUAGGAGGGAUGGGAGGUGGGUACGCAUGGUGGGUGUCACGCGACUCCGCUAAAAUGACGACCUGGGGUGGAGCAUCACCUGGAAGUGAUAAGUGCGUAUGCGGGAUGACCAACUCCUGUGCAGACCCCAGUUAUCCCUGUAACUGUGAUAAGAAUGACGGCGUAUGGCGUGAAGACAGCGGUCUGCUCACUGAAAAGACACAUCUACCAGUCAAACAGCUCAGGUUUGGUGACACAGGUCAUUCAUCAGAAGAAGGAUAUCACACUCUGGGAAAACUUAAAUGCUAUGGAAUAGCAUGAGCAGUUAACAUGAAAGCAGUAAAAGAAAAAAAAGAAAACACAGUUAGUCAAACUAACUUUAAAUUUUGUUGA